GACCAGGAUAAGCACAACUCACAAGCAGCAAGCUAGCAGUUUUCAGAUCAUUGCCAACGUUGCAUAUCUACAGUAUCCGGAACUCAGAACGGCCUGGGCCUUCGGCAAAGCCAUGUCAGUCUUGCAGCGUGGCAAAUCGAAAGCGGACUUUACUGCAGAGCUGUUGCAGGGAAGACAGCUGAAGCGUGUGAAGUCGGAGGGAGCCGCUUCCGAGCUUUCCCAUCCCCCGGAGUCAGUUCAGUCAGUGCCUCUAGAAGAGCAGGCGUCGGAGGCUGAGUCGCUACCAGUCUCGCAAGGCGAGCAGGGGGAUGCCGACUCCCAGAAUGGGCAGAGCUCGGACGAUGCAGACGAGGCUCAGAUGGAUCGAGUGCCAGCCUUUCAACCGGCGUUGAAUCCGGAUUCUCCGCCCUACAGACAGGGCAGCGGAAGCUUUUUCGAAACAGGCUUGCAGCAGAUUGGCAACUGGGUUCGGGAGGCCUUGGACCGUCUCGGAGAUGGUGAACGAGCGGACCUGGCCUUCAUGCUCAGCAAGGACAGCAAUGCAGCACGCCACGUGGCAACCGCUUGUUCCGGAUGUGAUGGAGCCAUUCCGAUCGCCAAGAUGUUGCUGCAGACAGUCAGCGAAACUCUUGGGGGAGAGUGCUCCAUGGAGCAUGUGUUCUCAUGCGAGCAAGACAGUCGGAAGCAGAUGUUCUUGUUGAAGAUGUUCAGAAACACAUGGAAUGAUGCCGACAUGAGAGCAUUGUUUGAAGACACAGAGGUCUUGCGCCAAGGCCCGGGUGCACAAGCUCACGAUCAAGUUUCUGGCAGCUCAGCCACCGUUCCAAUGUGCACAGAUCUUUUCAUGGGAUUCCCAUGCCAGGACAUCUCCAAGCUUAACCGCAAUGCAGCGGAAAAUGCAGAUGUGAUCCGCAAUCGCGGUUUGCGGACCGGCCGUGUCUUCGAUGAUGUUGUGGCAUAUGUGCAGCAGACCUUGAAUGUGCAAGCCUCGGAUGUUGAAGGCCUCGACCUUCCGGAGAAUUCCUUGACUGACCCCGACUCCUUUCGUGGCCUGGUGCUCGAAAACGUGCCCGGGCUGUUGGAAGGCCCGCGAGGCGUGAACCCGGCUACCGGAGAUCCAUGGUGCUCGAACUGGGAUUACUGCAAUGAAAAGUUGCAGCGGGCUGGCCUCUUCAGUGCGCCUUUCUUGCUGGAGCCCUGGCUUUUCGGAGUGCCUGUGGUGCGGAAGCGAGUCUACAUCAUAUGUCUCCCCAAGAAGAUGGCAUCCGAGGCGGGUGUUACUGAAGAAGCUGCCAGGGAGUUUGCGUGCAAGGUCAUGCAGAAGCUCUGUUGCAGCGGUGCUCCGGGGACUAUGCGGUGCUUGGAUGACUUCUUGUUGCAGGAAGAUUCAGACUUUGUCAAGGAGGAGCUGGACAGAGCCCGCCAGCUGGAAGCCAAAAGGCGUGAAUCGGAGUUGAGAGCAGCGGCUUCAAGCAAGAAAGGGAAGCAACUAAAGUGGCCAGAACAGCAUGCCGCUGCACUGGCUGCUCGGGGCUUGGACUGGUGGGAGCACUCCAGACCGCCUCCGGAGGUGCUGACCAGGUUUCCGGGCCUCCUGGCCCUGACAGAGCGGCAAUUUGACCUUUGCCGUGUGCAGGGCAUCUCGUUUCCUGAUACACGGCACUCGGCCGUACAGUUGAGCCAGAGCCUGCGCGGGCAUCGGCGCAUCCUUCCGAACAGAAGCGACAUUGUCCUACCCCUCGGCGAGCUGCUCUUGACGCACAGAUGCAGACUUGCCACUGGAGCCGAAAGUUUGAGCCUGCAGGGGAUUCACUUUGGCAGGCAGCAGCACAGGCUGAUGGAUGUGGAGCCGGAUCUCCUGCAAUCGCUCGCAGGAAACUCUUUUCAUGGCUAUGUCUUUGCAGCGGUGCUGCUUACAAAGCUUGUUCUCGAAGCGCACUUGGUGGCCGAGAAAGCAGUGCUGACAAACAGGCGUCUCAGCAGUAAGCGUCCAGGGCGGAAGUCUACCUUGGACGACUUGUUCAGCUUUCCAUCGAACGAGAACAUGCAGACGGCCGAUGGGGAUGAUGAUGUUGCCUUGGCCUCGGCCUCCAAAAACGAGCCGGGCAUGGAAAAUGUGGACAAUUCGUUUUUGGUUGCGAUCUGCCAGAUGACUGAUGCGGUACUUCUACGAUUCCAUGCAAUCAGUGGACGAGUGUGCUGGGCGCAAAGUGCAAAGCGCUCGGCCCUUGGAGUGAGUGCCCAGACAGCCGGAAGUGAUCCGUUGAGUGUGGCCGGCCCAGACAGCGACGUCUGGGGGCACGCUUCCUUUAAAGGAUGCAAGUUCUGCCGGAGAAGCAGGAAUUUUCCGAAUCCAUUGUUGGCCCUGUUCCCCAACAAGCCCUGUUUGGGCUUCCGAUCAGAGAGGCAUUCAGAGUGUUUGACCUGUACCUGUGUCAAUCGGCGGGAGGGCAACAUUGAGAGCGCGACGGACAAGAAUGCACAUGCCAAGAAGUUGGCGGAGGACCGCAAGAGCUAUGACAGGCACAUGGAGCUCGUGGAGGCUCACGAGAAGCAAGCUUUGGAGGCGGGCGCGAAGAAGAGGAAGAUCGGCUCUCACGUGUCCGAAGGGGAUCUUCGUGACACGCAGGUGACAGUGAACUCGACUGCGGGGCUGGAGCUUCGCACCUGCCUGGGCAUUCUCUGGCCUCAGGAGAUCUACGAGCGUAAGCAUGGAGUCAAGCUCCAGGACAAGGACCUCACGUGCAUCAAUCAAGCCGGGCAGGUGCUCAAGGGCGUGUUGAGACCCAAGUCCGACGGCAUGGAGCAAGGAUGCACUGAGAUCUUCGACGUCAGGCAGAGUUUCGCAGCCAAGGCUGUGACAGAAGCAGACUCUGCCACUGCCAUUUCGGAGAAGGAGGUCGAUGUUGCUUGGGCCCGCGCGCACGGCAGGCACAGUUUGGGUGUGACGACGCCUGAGGAUGCAGAGGGGAACAUGGGACCUCCAUCGUUGUCGAUGAAGCAGGGUGUGAAGCGCCCGGCCCCAGAUGACUUCGACGAUCUGAUGGCCUUCGACAGCGACUUCUUUUCAGUUUCAGGCGGCGGCAAGAACACCGAGCUGCCCUCCCCUCAGGGUGCCAGCAAAGCCACGAGAGAAGUGCAGGCAACAGAUCGUAUUCUCCUGGAGUGCCAACAAGCCGUACACAACAUCCAGGAAGGCAUGUCGGUCAAGACCAAGCACAUCACGAGCCUGGGCGAAAAGGUCAAAUCCCGUCUUUCCCCUGCGUUGGUGGCCCUCUACACCAUCGGCUACGACCCAUCAAGCGAUGCUGCCCCCACCGAAGGCUUCCUCGCGCUUGAGAAGCUGCGGACCUACGAGCAGGUCAUGCUCAAGAUUGAGCCGUUCGUCAAGGGCUUGAACAACGAGGACACCCGCGGGCAGGAGGUGUGGGCUGCGGCGAAAGCCGCCACCUGCAAGGAUUUCACACCCCCUAAGAAUCUGGCUGAGCUUGUGCUUCAGCGUGAGGUUGAUCGGGCAGCAAAGGCCAAAGACUUCGACACCAUCAAGUCCUUGCUUCAGUGCAGUUCCGUCGCGGAAGGGAGCACUGAGCACAACUUCGAUACGGCUUUGAUCGAGGACGGAGAGAAGAGGGUUGCCUUCCGGGAGCGGGAGAUCACAAGGUUGGCCGCAGAGCUCAUGCGGCAGGACAACCAGGUGGAUGCAGUGGCGGAUCUUAUCAAGUCCGUUGUGGAAUCGUCCCUCUUGCCGGAGGACAGCCAGAUCAUGCAGGAGUUCAGGCAGGUUAUUCCGCUCUUCAAGCCUUUGGAUCUGGACACUCCCGUUGACCACCUCCAGUUCUUGAUUACGAAGUUCAGAACGGAGCGUUCGCUGAAGCUCCACAAGGUGCUCAACUUCUUCACGACAGGGCUAAAGAUCUUGGAUGGUGCGGCUGCAGGAUUGGCGAGCCGCUCCAAGGACACGGACCUCAAGAGGCGCUUGGAUGACUUGCGUCGAAAGGCUGCGCUUCUUCCUGUGCCAAGUGCUAUUGAAUGCGAGGAUUACAAGACCUUGAGGGGAAAAGCCGAGCACUUCCAAUGCAUCUUCGAGACAUUGACCGAGAUCAAGACCUCCGGCUCCGUGGACUUCAUCCGCCGCGAGACUGACGCGCUGAAGGACGUCGAGGACAAGAUGGAGGCCUUCGCCAAGUACAGCCUCGAUGUGAUGAAGCUCAAGGGGGAAACUGAUGUCGAAAGAGCCUUGAAGGAGUUCUGUGACACGUGUGAUGAGUCUGAUGUCACAAGUGGGGGCGUCGCAGACUUUCAGGGGGCCUGCGCAACUUCCAUUGAAGACCUUGACAGCUUCGGCUUGGACUUUUGGGAGGGCCUCGUUGGCAAGGAAGAUGCUCAGUCAAAGUUCUUCGGCGAUGUCGAGAAGUUUUCCAACCUGCUCAAGAUCCUCAGCUCAUCAUUGCCAAAGCUCUUGGUCGACCAAGUCGACGAUUGGGAGGAGUUGUCAGCUCUUGUGGAGCUCGUGGCGGUACCGAAACCCAUUGUGACCAAGUGGGCCGGUUGGGCUGCUGCGCAGCCGAAGCUCGAAACGAAGUUGACAAUGCUGUUCGAGAAGACCGUGGUUGCAGCUUUCCAGCCCCUCGUGAAAGCCACGCCGACCGCAGCAAAUGUGCUGAAGUUCCUCGUUUCCCGGGAGCAAGACACAGCUGCUUUGGACAGCAGUUCAACGAUCAUGCUGCCUGAAGUCAAGCAGAUGCUGCUCGAUGCGGAGAAGACCUCCGGUGCCCUGAUGACGGCUUUGGCAUCCUGGCGCUGCAAAGCCUUCGGCAGCAUUGCUGCUACGCUCCUGGACGAAGCAGAAGCUCCGGGCCUUUCUCUUUGGAUCAUGGCGUGCUUUCCCAAGGUGUGUGGACUGGCCCUGCAGUUGAAGGACCUAGUCCACAAGUCUUCCUCGGACGACACGGGCCUGAUUCCGGAAGUGGCAACCUUCGGAGAAGCUCUCGCAAUCGCGAAGACGAAGAGUGAUGAGUUCCGCUCAUUCAUGCAGACGUUGGAGCUCCCGAACGAGGAUGCUGAUGGUGCGAAGGUUAUGUUAGCCCAGAAGAUUUCGCAGUGGGCAGACGGCUUGCUCAAAGAGUUGGUCAGCCGAGUCAUUGAGCAGGCCAAGCAGAAGUUCAGCGCCACCGAGGAGGAGGUGCAAAAGGUCCUUGACCACGACGGCAUGAAAUCGGUUGAUUCGGAGCUGGAACGUGGCUGGGGCCCCGACGUCCAGCAAAAGCUCUUGGAGAUUUCAUCCUCCACGGAGUCCAAGCGGCUUCAUGCGCUCGUCAAGGUUUUGGACACCCAGAGCUCCUAUGGCAAGGACCUCCAGUGUGUCAAGAGCAUCUUCGGCGACAUCGAGCCGCCGAUGAUUGCGGCGGAGGUCUAUGCUGCAGCAAAGAAGGCCAACGUGGUGCUCGCCUGUAUUCAGGCGCUCGGCCGCCCACUCAAAGAAAAGGAAUCCCGAGCUGCACUGGCACGCCGUGCCAGGCUCAUGGCCUUUACGAAGGAAGUAACCCUCCCUGCCAAUUUGGACAUGCUUUUGAACAAAACAGCCGGGGAGGGGAGCGGUACCAGCGGUGCUGUCUCCGUAAGCGAUGGGCGCCGUCCCGCUUCCUCUGCCUAA